CUUCCAGUGCUCCUGGUUAUACAUCAUAAGCAUUCGAAAGCGAAAUAUCUCCGUCCACCGGCUGUUUGAAUCCAUGAGGGAGCCGGGAGCUGUCAACACUGAAACACGGAAGCUGUUCCCCCGCGGUUUGUUCAUGUCGGUUUCGGAGUAAGGGGAUUGUGUUUACCGAGUAUGGCCACCGAGAACAGGAUCAAUUUUUGGAGGAGAAACGCAAAGGUUCCCGGAAGCGUACAACCAGUCUAUGGAGCACAGCAUCCACCUCUUGACCCGCGAUUGCGACGCACGUAUCCCAAAGACACAAAGCCCAAAUUCAACAAUCUAAAAACAAAAAAGGCCUCCAGCUUCCACGAGUUUGCUUGCAGCACCAACGAUGCCUGGGACAUCGAUGAUGAGGAGGACGAUGAUUUCCUCGGGAGCCCCGCCCCAACUUCAUCCCUGUCAUCAGGCCUGUCCUCUAAGCCUGCACAGAUCCAUCAGAGUCAGGCAGGUGACUCGGAGAGCAGGAUGUCACAUGAGCGGGAAUCUCUUAGCCCAGAACCUCAGAACCUCCAGGAUGUUCUAGAGGAAGACGUGGACAGUGAGACUGUCAAUGGCAAGGUUGUCAAGUCUAAUAGUGAGACCUACCUCAACUCGUCCUCAGUCAGAUCCACACUGCAGAAACAGCAGUCUCUCCCAGUUCGUCCCAUCAUCCCACUAGUGGCUCGGAUCUCCGACCAGAAUUCAUCCGGGGCUCCACCCAUGACAGUGCGGGAGAAGAGCCGACUGGACAAAUUCAAGUAUCUGCUUGCCAGUCCCAACACUGACCUAGAUGAACUUCGGAAGCACAGCUGGUCAGGUAUUCCAAAGAAAGUCCGGCCAAUCACAUGGAGACUUCUCUCUGGCUACCUACCGGCCAACAAGGACCGCAGAGACCUGGUGCUAAAAAGGAAGCGAGAAGAAUACUUUGGAUUCAUUGAGCAGUAUUACCACUCCAGAACAGACGAGCACUUCAAGGACACAUACAGACAGAUCCACAUUGACAUUCCAAGAACAAACCCUCUGAUUCCCCUGUUUCAGCAGCCUGUGGUACAAGAGGUUUUCGAGCGUAUCCUCUUUAUUUGGGCCAUCCGUCACCCGGCCAGUGGCUACGUCCAGGGAAUCAAUGACCUAGUCACACCCUUCUUUGUCGUCUUCUUGUCAGAGUUUGUCAUGGAGGAUGUAGAGAACUUUGAGAUGGCAGCGCUGCCUCUGGAAACCCAGAGAAACAUCGAAGCUGAUAGCUUCUGGUGCAUGAGUAAGCUGUUGGACGGAAUCCAGGACAACUACACCUUUGCUCAGCCUGGAAUCCAGAACAAAGUAAAGGCUUUAGAGGAGCUGGUCAGCAGGAUAGAUGAGGACAUUCACAAUCAUUUCAAGAGGUAUGAGGUAGAGUACCUGCAGUUUGCUUUCCGGUGGAUGAACAAUCUGCUGAUGAGGGAGCUGCCUCUUCGUUGCACUAUCCGUCUCUGGGACACCUACCAGGCUGAAGCAGAGGGCUUCUCCCACUUCCACCUGUACGUCUGCGCUGCUUUUCUCAUUGAGUGGCGCAAAGAAAUUCUCUCCAUGGUUGACUUUCAGGGCCUCCUCAUGCUACUGCAGAAUGUUCCGACAAUCCACUGGGGGAACGAGGAAGUGGGUCUCCUCCUGGCUGAGGCCUACAGACUGAAGUACAUGUUUGCAGAUGCACCCAGCCAUUACAAGAGAUAGCUUCAGGGCCACCUCGUCUUAGCAAACACAGUACUUUCAAACUUCCAAUCAAACCAGACUGUGACUGCGAGGGACACACUCCAUUCGGAGGUCCUUGAAAAAAAAAAGGAGACAUGUCGGAUGUUUCCUCAGAGCCACUGAACUUCUCUUGUCAAUUUCCACUGGACAAUGAAAAGCUCAUGGUGCAGCCGUCGAGCUCAGUGACAAUGAGAUUAUUUGCAGUUAUAGUACUGCACUGUAUCAAUGGACGGUUACCACAACCAUAGCUAUGCCAUUUUGGUGGACCUGUACUGUUGGUCAAGCAACAUUGAUUGUCUUUCAAGUCAAGCGUACACUGAGAUGUACAUGCUGUAAUAUAAAGGGAUGAUGAAUGUUUGUGAGAUCAUCCUCUAGUGAAAGAUGAUUUGUUGUAGUUAAUGUUUUACAGUGGAAACAUAUUAGAUGUAACCCAGGCAACUAAAACACCUUGUCAUUUUUCUUUUUUACAAAUGUGUUUAGUCUGACACUGUUGAGCUGUUCUGAAUAAGGACAGCUAAUCUGUGUGUAUAUGUUGGUUCAGGGUAACCAAAUCUGCACUGUACAAUCAACCAGUCAAAGUCCAGAGUUUGGGCCUCAAUCACUCAAUGGAAUCAGUUUCCACUAAUGAUAUGUUAGUUUGUAUUUAGGUCUCAGUCCCAGCGGUAGCAAAUAGUAGGUACUGUGUUUCCUUUCAGGUUUUGUUUUGAUGGGAGGUGGAGAAACUAAUUUGAUAUUUUUUAGAAUAACUAUCAGGCUCUUUGGUGCAGCUCCGAAAUGUCAACACUGGUACAUUUUGAAAUUGACCUUGGGCUCUGAAGAGAAGAACUUCAGGUUGGCGUAUCUGUGGAACUCAUACAUAUGUCUGCUGAAGUGGGUCUAAUUUAAUGAUGCAACUGACUUAGAUUAAUCUAAGUGUUAAUAUAUUUUAGGCAAUUGAAAUACAAUUUGAGUUAAAGAUUGUAGCACAUAUUCUAACAGCACAAAACAAGAUCAAUAACCACUGAUCUUUGGGCCCGAGUGUUUGUUUUACCAAACUCCAUUUGUAUGCAUAACAAUAAGAGUAGCAUUCUUAUUAAUGAUCCUAUGAUAGUCUUUGCACUAUUGAAUUAAAAACCUGUGGCCAUUGUAAAAAAAAAGAAACUGCAGAUAAUAAAAAUUAGUUUAGCAUGAUUGUUUAUGGAGGAUUUGAACUGAGAAAGUUCCCCUGUCAAUGUCUGUUGGUACUAAAAGACAUUUAGUGGCACAUUCCUACCUACGGACACAGUGCAGCUAAUUUUUGGUGAAUUCUUAACAUACUCCAUCCUGUCACAGUGUAACAUGGAUAAUUGUUAAUGCUUGUGUUUCUCAUUUGGUUUCCUCUUUCCUGUGUUUAUUUGUAGCAGCAUUUUUCAGCGUGUGUGUGUGUUUUUGAGUGUGUGGUUUGGGGGAGGGUGUUGACGAUUACUCAAGGACCUUCAUUACCAGUGAUGGUUAUUAUACAGCCCUGCUCAUUGUCCACUACAACUAAUUUAAUUUUGAAGUAUAAGUAGUCUUAAUUCGGGUCCAGGAAUGGCUGGGGUCACUUUAUGACAUUAUAUUCAGUAAGGGAGACACUGUGAGCCUGAAAACGAAUUAGUAAACUCGAUCAUUUUAAUUUUUGGAAAAGUCUUAACAAUCUUAUACCUGUUUAUAGAUCAUUCAUUGUCAGUUUGGCAUUAUGAAUCCACCAGUAAUCUCGUUUUUAUCCGCCUGGUUUCAGCUGAAACAUGGUCACAGUUUGCCUUCAGCCUUAACGUUGGUUUUCUUCAUUCAUGUGCACCGACUGAUUGUGUCCCUACACUGAUGGUAUUGGUCACUCCAUGCUGUGCUUGUGUUAAAGGUCAAGUGUCGUAAAUUUGAAUUUCGAUAACAAAAGGCCGACAAAAACGGACCAAUUGCUGAUUUGUACCAAGAAGUGUUUGUGCUGUUUCAACAUUCAUCUUUAUUGGGCCGAUACAAUGUGUUUUAUUAGAGUGCUUUUAUUAGAGUUCACUGCUGGCUCCAGCCUUGAAUGAUGAAAUAUAAAAUGAUUACAGUACCUGCUGUAUGUUCAAUUUUUGUUUAUAUUAAACUAUUGUUGUAUACAAGUGCCAA